AUGACGCUCUAUUACUCGCUUGUCUUCGUGCUCCUUGUGGCAGAGAUGUCCCUCUUUAUGCUCCUCGUCGUCCCCAUGCCCUUUACCGUCCGACGGAAGAUGUUUACCUUCCUAUCCGAAAAUCCAGUCGUUGCAAAAUUACAGUAUUGGCUGAAAAUAACAUUCGUUUUCAUCUUGAUUCUCUUCCUCGACAGCGUCAACCGCGUCUACCGUGUGCAACUUGAACUCGCUGCUGCUACCGACACAAAUAAAGGCACUGCAGCGGUGAUGGGCCACGAGCGUCUGGAAGUGCAAGCGCGCAAAUUCUACAGCCAGCGGAAUAUGUACCUGUGUGGGUUUACGCUGUUCCUGUCGCUGAUCCUGAACCGAACGUACACGAUGAUCCUGGAGGUGCUCCGGCUCGAGGAGAAGCUCAAGCAGUACGAGGGCACCGACAAGAAGACCAAGGAGUCCGAGAAGCUCGCCGCCGCCGGCAAGCCCGCUGAGAUCGCCCACCUCCGCGCCGAGAUCGAGCGCAAAGACCGCGACAUCGAGACUCUCAAGAAGCAGGCCGAGGGCCUCUCCAAGGAGUACCACGACCUCUGCGAGAAGUACGGCGAGACCCAGCCCCCCGCUGGUACCCGCAAGGACAAAUAA